AUGAUUCAUUCAGUACUUGCGACUAUAAUCUUCAUUAUUAGUCAAUGUUGUGGUCAGUUAAGUUAUGGUAAUAGUAACUACUGUUCGUACUGCGCACCGGUAAGUAGCGGUUUAGGCUCUUAUGGAUUCGGCUACGGUAGUGGCAAAUAUGGUGGCGGCAGUUAUAGCGGUGCCAAUUAUGGUAGCGGAAGCAGCUACGGCUCGCCAAGUACUUUUGUUUCGAGUAUACCAUCUCAGAACACUAACUCAUAUCUCAUGGGAAAUAAUUUUGUCCCUCCAAGCACUGCCAACAGUUUUGCAAUGGGAUCAAGUGGUUACGGCAGUAACACAAAUUACGGUAGCAGUCCUAGUUCGAGUAUCGGCAUCUAUGGAUCUUCUCCAGUAGAUUUUCUGCACUUAAAUUUUAGUAAAUCAACAUUGAACAAUGGGUACGGUAUUGGAAAUACUUAUGCCAACAAAAAUGAAUUGUCUGGCUGCUACAGUAAUAACUGCAUACCAAGCAAUGUAGCUAUAAAUCCAUCAUCAGCUUACAGCAUUCAUGGUAACAGUAAUGGAUUCGGUGUUUCAAACCCUUCAACUUACAAUAUGAAUUUAGUAGCAGUUCCAAGUGUAUCAUCAAGCAACAGCUAUUCCAGCUUACCAAAUACUUACAAUCUUCCUACUGUGUUCAGCAGUUAUCCUGUACUCUAUCAAGGAUACAGUAAUCAGGAAAGUAGCAAUGUAAAUUCUCUUAAUAACUUACCUGUUUCUAAUUAUCAGUACAGUGCAAAAACCGCAGCAGAUGAUGCAACACAAGCGAAAAAAUCAGUUCCUUCAUCAUAA